AUGAAGACCAUCGCAAUCAUCGGCGCCACCGGAAACCAGGGCCUGUCCGUCGCCAAGACCUUCCUCAGUCUGGGCGACUGGACCGUCCGCUGCCUCACCCGCAAUCCAUCCUCGCCUGUCGCGCAGGAUCUCGCCUCCAAAGGAGCCGUCAUAAUCCAAGCGGAUCUGGCGGACGUCGCAUCCCUCCGCUCAGCCUUCGACGGCGCGCACGUUGUCUUCUCCAACACAGACUUCUGGGGCCCCUACGCAGCCUGUGGCGACAGCCUCCAAGCCUACAACACCGAAGUGCAACACGGCAAGAACGCCGCCCUCGCAGCAGCCGAGAUCCCCACGCUGGAGCGGUUCGUGUACUCCCUCCUCGGCCCGAUGAAGAAACACUCCCAGGGAAAGUACUCGAACUCGUACCACUGGGACGCCAAGGCCGAGAUCAAGGAGUACAUUGACACGGCGCUGCCGGAGCUCGCGGCGAAGACGAGCUAUAUCAUUCUCGGGGCGUAUACGACGAACCCGCUAUUUAUUCCGCGGUGGGAUGAGUCGGUCAACAAGUAUCGGUUCGUCGUUCCCCUCAAGGAGGACUGCAAGAUGCCCAUCGUCGCGACGACGGAGUCGACGGGGCCGUUUGUCAGGGCGUUGAUUGAGGAGGCGCCGAGGACCAAUCUUCUCGCGUACGACAGUUGUCUUGACAUGAGGGAGGUUGUGGAUCUCUGGAAGAAGGUGACUGGGGUCGAGGCUGAUCUUGUCUCCUUGACACCAGCGGAGAUGCAUGCGUCGUUCAAGAUCCCGUGGGAAGUGCUGGACGGUCCCGCGUUCAUCCAGGAGUAUGGGUACACGGCGGGCAUUGAGAAUGUCAUCCAUCCGCGGCAACUGCGCAACCCGCCGCAGACGGACUCCUUUGAGGACUGGUUGAGGAAGAGGGAUUGGGAGGAGGUCGUAUCUGGGGGGAAGAAGGAGCUGAGCUGGGUUGUGCGGUCGUCUUCAGGACAGGGUGUGUCUCAGUAG